UGGCUUCACUGACAGCAAUUACUCAGUCCCAGGGUUCAAAGGUAGCAGGCAGCCAUAACCAGCGCCACCAGGUACUCAGACUUACUGGACCCAAAUCUCCAGCUCCUGGAGUCCUGUGAUUAUGUGAGGAUCUCAGCUUUCCUAAAACAACAAUGGGUUUCUCAGUUCCCUGGACAGCAGCCAUUCAGAUGCUGGUGCUAGCGCUGGCCCUCCAUUUCACUGCAGGUAACAGCCGUGAACCAUUGAUUGUCCUGAACAACUAUGAGGACAAUGGGAUCAAAGUCACCUGUUUUUCUGAGGGGAGGUUUUCUGAUGUGCAAGUGUUGUGGACAGACAGUAAAGGACACAAUCUUACUGGAAGUCCCAUCACCCCAACCUCCAACACAGAUGAGACUAGUGCCAAAAGUUCGAUCCUUCUGAAAUCAGGAUCUGACAAUGCCAUCUCCUGCAACAUAAUCGAUAACGUGCUAAAGACCUCAACCGAAUCUACAGUGGUAAUUGCAGAUGUUUUCUUCCCUGCCACCUCCCCAUGGAUGACUGCCUUCAUUGUGAUAUUGCUGAUUAGCAUAGCCCUGGUUAGCGCUGCGAUUUAUAAGCUGAAAAAAAACAAUGAAACAACUGCUCAGGCUGUAAGUGACAAGAAAGCCAUUGAAGAUGAAACAAGGCUUCUCAAAAAUGAACUGGAGACAGAGCACCAAAAGUCUCAACAAGCAAUUCAGGAAAUACAGGAGAAAUUUGAAAAAGCCAUGGCUGAGCUGGACUUCAGGAGGGCUCGUAGCAAUGCAGUUAACAUCACUCUGGAUUCUGACUGUAAACAUCCCAAACUCUCACUCAAGGAUAAAAAUAGGGUUGUUUCCACAGCAGAGAAAGCCGGCAGGGAUUUGAUAGUGGUGGCAAAUGAAGGAUUUUCAGAGAAGAAACAAUACUGGGAGGUGGAGGUGGGGAACAAGGCAGAGUGGGAGCUAGGGGUGUUGACUCAGAAUGAAAGGAAGAAACUGAAAAAUGAGAAGAUGGAGAAACCUCUUGAGAAGGAAUACUGGAGUUUGUGGCUGUCUGAGGGUCAAUAUCAUUGUAGUUGGAAAAGUGACACAAUCACCUCUGAGGAUAAAAAAUGCCCAGUGGUUGGCAUUUUUCUCGACUGGGAAGAGGGAAUGAUCUCAUUCUACAAUGUAGAGCUAAUGUGCCCCGUUGUGUCCAUCACUCAAGAGUUUCAAGGAAAUCUGUAUCCAUUCUUCAAUCCUGGCAGUGAUAAGCAAUACCUAGGAAUACGCCCUGUCAGUGUUCCCAGCCCCUUAACUUCUCUCUGAAAUCAAACAUUGGCUCUAAUAGUUAUGGGAAUUUUAAAUUCACUCCAUCUGAGGAGAGAGGAGAGAAGGAGAGCCAGGAAACUUGAACCACUAUAGAAGAAAGGGAAGGGUUUAAUUAGUUAAUAUAGAAUCUGAAAGAAAGAGAGAGAGAGAAAGGGGGAAUGGUACAAUUCUGAUAUUUUUGAAGAUGGCCCAAAGGCUGAAACAGAUACUCCUUAGCCCUUGACCCAGGCAAAUUGCCAGUGACAUGACCUGAGUAAAAACUAUGACUGGUUCUAAUGGACCAAUAAUUUUUCAGUAAAUAUUGACUUGAAUAAAAAAAUGAAUAAAGGAGGGCUGUGCUUUUGUCCAUUUUGUGUUCUCUUUCAUCUAGUGAACUAGUUUACUAAUUUACUACCAGCAAUGUUAGUGGAAAUGAUAAAGUGUAAGCAAAGAUGAUAGAAUAUUGGUGGAAAGCAAAUUUUGAAUGAGUAAAUACAAAUAUUCACACCAGAAACCUGAUGCCAAACGAUAUGAUCAUCUAGGACACAAUGCAGCAAAGGCCAUCCCUCUUCAGCAAAAUGUAAGACUAUACUUAAGUUCCUUAGGCUUUAGUGAACCCUAGUGCUUUGCAGAAAUAGGGAUGGUUUGCUGAACCCGGGACCCAAUCAAGACAGAAUUCUUAUCCGUGUAAACAGUUCUAACCAGGGCAGCUCAAAUAUCAAAUGUCAGUUACUCACAUUGAAUAGCUCACAGCCAAGAAUUGUUUUGUUGCAAUUAUUUGGAAAAUAACUCUGAAUCGUGAAUAUGUUUGUGAAAAGUGAGAAAUGCUCUCAGAUAAUUCACCAAUAGAAAAAGAUACGAAUAUUUUACUUUCUGUGCAUAAUUUGCUCAGCACUACUACAGACAUUCAAAACUAAGCAUUGCCUUCACAGCGGUGGUUCUACCCCUGCCACGGUUCUGGCCCUUUUCAACCCAGUGGGCUAGUCAUUCAAAGAGGCUGCACCCCAUGUAGGAGUGUAGUUUGGAGUGCUAGACCCCUGAGCACCAGGGAGUCCUAGGAGGCAAUCUGCUCUCUUCAGCAGAAAAUGACUGUGAAGAUGAAAAAAAACUAUAUAAUUUCUGGUAAUUGUUUUAGCAGAAAACAUUAGAUUUUUUGACCAAAAUAUCAAAAUUCUGAAAAACGAAUGUUUCAGCCAAAAGCUGCUGACAGAUGAGUAUUUUUGGCCACAAACUGGGAAAUCUUUGGGUUUCGAUGAUUGGUCAGCCCUUCUCCCAGCAUUCCCUCUGGAAUUUUCUAGCCCUGCAUUUCCCUAUACAUGUGUGCAUUGCACAAUCAAGACUUGGUGGGAAAGAAGAGACCCUAACCUCCCUUCCUUGCUUAGCGGCAAAAUAGAGCUCAGCAUCUAGACCUGUAUUUGCAUUUGGGGAGGAAUGCAUUAGACGGGUUUCCAAAGGUACUUAAGGAAUUUAGGCACCCAAAACACAUUGAAUUGGGUGCCAAAUUUCCAUAGGAUCCCCAUCAAAUUCCCAGCUUUCAUGACUGCUCUUUCCUCUCUGUGCCUUAAAAUAAAGAUUUCCAUCUGAUACCAAUCCUUUCUCACCAAAGUGUGUUAAAAGAAAAUACUAGAAAGAACCAAAUUUAACUAUAGCUGAAACAGUUUAGUCCAUUUAAUUGGCGUGAUUUUAAACAAGGUUGUUUGCUGUAUUAGAAGCUCUACCAGGGAGCCUGUGCAUCCUGGAAGGGUUACAUAGGGAUAAAUUCUGCUUAAUAGAGACACAACUACCAAAAAUUCUGCUGAAGAGGAUGCAUUCACCCACUGCUGAGAAAAGAUUAGUUACGUUACAUGUUGUGAAAUUUGACAUUUUUUCUCUUGAAGAAGCAAACUGAUAAAAUAAAAUU